AUGAAAGAUAUUGAGUCGUCAAACCUAGGAGCGUACUCAGCGGUGCCGAAAGAGGAAACACUGGAAGAGAGUUUUGAAACAAUUCCAUUCAUCUCCAAAGUUGUUCAAGGCGCCUUAUUUAACGAGGAUGACAUAUUAUUUCGCCAAGACCCAUCACCCGAAGUAGACGAUGCAUGGAAAACACUUACAGACAUCGGAGUGGUCAUCAUCACUGGCGAGGAGGUUGCGAAGCUGGAUAAAGACCCAAAGGAAACAGUAAAAGUACCGCCGUCGUGGGGACAUGGAGAUGAUGCACACCUGGCCCAGCCAGACGGCCAACACGCCCUUCAUUGUUUGAAUGCACUCCGCAGAUACGCUUACCGGGAGGAAUACUUCCCAACUCAGACAAAAUGUCCUUCAAACGCCACUUCCAAGAUAGCGCUACAGCCUUACCAUCAAGCCCACCUUUCGCACUGCCUCCACAUCCUUCUGCAAACUUUGACUUGCGAUUUCAGCACUGAUAUGAUAACGCACAAGUGGAUGGCGACCCAGAAAUUUCCCUUUCCGGACUUUUCGAUAAACAAAAAAUGCAAAGAUCAUAGCAAGCUUUUGGAGUGGCAAACUCGCGAGAAAAUUAGCGUUGAGAUGUGGGUGGAAAUUUCGGAAAGAGGCCCUUCAAAAGAGACAGGAGAGACGGUGAUUCCAUUGCCACCAAAGUUCGAGGCUUGGAGCGAGACGUCUGAUGUUGAUGGAUCAGUGAUUGGAGAGGGCGCACCAGCCGACCAUAACCAUAUGCGUGGAUGA